CUCGUAUUCUCUGGCCCUCACAGACCAUCCCACUGUCCUCUUUCCAAACAUAUCUCGCCUUGCUCCGCCGGCAAAGCCGCCCCGUCUCAAGAGACGCCCUUCUACCGCCUCUUCUGCGGAAGACAAGCACGACUUGCUUCCUGAAGCCCCGCCAAUGGGUGACUGGUCCCCAUCAGCCUACUCUUCAGUGUCAGAUCCAGUGGGGCCGAGCAGGGAAAGGCCGGCGGAGGCGCAGGAGCACAGAUAUGCUUCUUCCCAGGAUCACACCCUCGAGGAGAUGAAUCGGAAAGCCCACGCUGCUGUAGUGGGCCUGCGCGCAGAGGCAUCUCGUCUGGCGGGACUGGACGUCCUGCCGUCCCCGUUUGACCCGUCUCCAGAUGAGUCGCGCCAGCUCCCUCACAACGCGACCACGGCGCGCGACACGAACAUGGUCGAGCCCGACUACAACUGGGCGACGUUCAUCCACGCGUAUUCGAUGGGACGGUGGGACCCAUUGAAGACCCCGCUUCCACCCCGAUCUCAUCUCCAUGCGCCGAGCUUGCUGCGUGCCCCCCCUCUAGACACCUCCGUCGGCGGCGCCGGUUCAGACGUCAUGUUUGAAUCUCCAGAUCUCGAUUCUGUACCAGAAUGGAGGCCGGCGGAGACGCCAUUUGAACCUGCGUCUGUUCAUUUCGAACCCGCUGCACCGCUGGAUUCAAGGCCGGCCAGUAUAUUGGAGACAGAAGGUGGCCGGUUCGCCGUCCCUUCCACGGAAGUGAACGGUGUCUCUACGCACCAUCCAUCUGCUAUUCAGCCUUCGUCGCCUUGGCUCAUUCUGCCGGAGACUUCUGUAGGACCUAGCAAAUCUCCCAAAGCGCCCUCCAUGCCACCCAAACUGAAUCCUUUCUCGCAUCGGCUGCGCAAUUCAUUUGCGGACAUGCGGACGUCCUCUGCUCACCAUUCACAGUCUCACAUGGAGCAUCCUCGUAUUCCCAUUACUCCUGCCGAUGCUACCGCGACUGCGGCAGCCAUACGGUUAGCGGCUGCGCGCGUGUCUGUGGCGCCUCUGGCACUGCCGUCGCCAGAACAUGAGCUUACAGAUCCCAUGCGCGGCGUCACUGCGAUGAUCCCCGGCUCACAUCCAGAUGUCUUCGCACACAACGAAAUCGUACCGCUGUUGUCACCUAACACCUUACGAAAGUCUAGGUUAAGCAGCUUUUGGCAAGGUACGCAAGACGUGGACGACGGUACCUCCCCCACACAUUCCUCUACCAGCUCCAACACGACAGCAACGGGUGGGCCGGUUGACGGUACAGAGGGCCGUGAAGCCGACGGCACGACGGACGGCGUGCCCCUCCUGCCCAGCAAGAAUGGUUCCGAGCCGCAACCCGAGUCACGGUGCAGUUCCAACAGCUCCUCGUCGACGUCCGUUCCUGUUCCUAUGGUCAGGGCCAAUCUACCGCCGCCUGCAACAGCCCCCGCACCAACAGCAGCCGAGCCACCAGACGACGACUACUUCGGCAACGCGGACUCCUCCCGGUACAGCAGCUUCUCCCAAUCCGACCGUUCGACGGUACCUGCUCUUCCAGCUCCCCCUGUACCUCGAGUUGUGGGGGACCCCUCGCGACAAACUUCGGCGCCUCCAUUCGUAUUCGAUCCGCAGAGCGCCCCCGCGCUGCCUCGGAGGAUAUGCCUGACACGCCAGACGAGUGCGCCCCUUCCGACCGCGCCAUUGUAUGAGCGGCGGUUGAAGGCCACCCGGCUGGCGAAAGAGAGCCAGUUGAACAACCUGGCCGGGCGGGCCGCGAAGGAGGAGCAGAUGUUCCUGGAGCUGGGGUACCUCGCUCCGCCGAACCCGCCGAACGAGCUGGAGCGGCGGAGGGCGCUGUACAAGUACAACAUCUGGGGCACUGGACCGGACCCGAACUUCGAUCGGAUUGCGCACCUCGUGAAGCUCGUCUUCAACACCCGUAUUGUCAUCAUGUCUUUGAUUGACGGGACGGAACAGUUCUUGAAGUCGGAAUCCGGGAUGGGAUGUGUCAGUAUGCCGAGGUCGAGUUCGUUAUGUGCCCAUGCCAUCCUGCAGCCGGACGACGAACCUACGAUAGUCCUCGAUGCACAGGAGGAUUGGCGCUUCUCUCAGAAUCCACUCGUCAUCGGCCACCCGCGCAUACGCUUUUACGCAGGUUGCCCGCUACGGACGCAAGAGGGUUAUAACAUCGGAACCCUCGCGAUCAUGGAUGACACCCCCCGGCGUGAAUUCAGUCCAAGACAAAGGCAUACGCUGAAAGAGUUCGCGCAAGUUGCAAUGCGUGAAAUGGAGCUAUGGAAGGACAAAAUCCAACUCCGUAUACGGGACCGUAUCCAGAGUUCCAUGGAACAGUUCACCCGGGAAUGCCUCGAGGUCGACAAGCACGUCAACGACGAGAAGCCUGAGAUGCCGCAACCAGGAUCGACGUCGAUGGAGCAGAUUUACACCCGCGCAGCGAAGUUGGUCAAGCGCACGCUGGAUGUAGAGGGCGCGAUCGUGAUGGACGUUUCCCAUGUCGACGUGCUCGAGACGGUCGGCGCGGAGUCGUCGGUGUCGCUCACGUUGCACGACGCCGAUUCGCGGUCGGAAUCCCGGAGUCGGAGCUUGAGUAAGGAGGAGCACCGCAAGCUUGCAGAGUUCUUUAUGAAGCAUCCGGAAGGCAAGGUCUGCGAAGGCAUCGUGCAUCCGAGCUUGAAACCGUUCUUGCCGGCAAGAAUACAGUAUGUGCUAGCGGUACCGAUUUACAAUAUCGACAAGCGUCCUUUCGCACUGCUGUGCGCAUAUAGUACGGGCGAACGGACGACGCCUUUCCUCGAGGGCCAUGAGCUUUCGUAUCUGCGCGCAAUAGGUGUCAUCAUAUUGUCUGCCGUACUCAAGCGUCGCAUGAUACUUGCUGACAAGGCCAAAAGCCUGUUCAUCUCGAACAUCUCGCACGAGCUCCGGACACCUCUACAUGGCAUUCUUGCAUCGGCGGAGUUACUCGCCGAGACGCCGCUGGACCACAGCCAGGCAUCUUUUCUGCAGACCGUUCAGGCGUGCGGGACAUCCCUCGUUGAGACCGUGAACCAUGUCCUGGACUUCACGAAACUUAGUGGGAACGCCAAGGCCGGAGGCGUGGAGAACAUCAUUCAUCUCAGCAGGGUCAACCUCAUGCAACUUAUUGAAGAGGCGACCGAGGGUUGUUGGAUUGGCCACCGCGCGCGGAUGUUUACGAGUGAGAUCGGAAGUGUAUAUUCUCCUCCGAAACAUCAGCAUACCUCCAGCGUGCCAAACCGCAAUAAGCACGUGGAGACUGUGAUCGAUAUCGGCCAUUCAGACAGUGGAUGGACGUUCCGUUGUGAAAAAGGCGGUAUUCGUCGCGUGCUCAUGAACGUGUUCGGGAACAGUCUGAAGUUCACAUCGGAUGGAUACGUGCAUGUCUUGCUGCGGCAGCUGCCUAACUCUGGGGACACUCCGCCUGGGAAGGUCAAGAUAGAACUCGCGGUCCUAGACACGGGAAAGGGUAUUAGCCAACACUUCCUGAAGAAUCAGCUCUUCCAUCCUUUCUCGCAGGAGAAUCCACUCCAGACAGGCACAGGGCUGGGACUUGCUAUCGUCAACAGCAUUGUCCGAUCGCCUAGCGUAGGUGGCAAAGUAGACGUAUGGAGCGUCGAAGGCGUAGGUACCGAGAUCAAAGUGACGUUCACCGCCGAAGCGGUGGAAAGCCCCAGCGACUCCGCAUCGCCGUACGCCGAACUCGCGAAGCUGUUAGAUCAUACGCACAAACCCACGAUCUCGUUGCUGGCAUUCGAUGAGACUAUACGGGGCGUCCAGCUUCUUCGGAAGGUCCUCGUGCAGUAUAUCGUGAACGACUGGCAUCUACCUCUAGCCGAGGACGGCGAAAUGGGAGACAUCGUCAUCGUGAAUGAGGAUCCCACACCGGUGACGCUCGCAAUCGAGAAGAAGGACGCUUCUAGGCCUUUCAUCAUCCUCUCCUCCGCACGUGGGGACCCUCGGUUGAUGGCCAUCGUCAACGAGUACGAGCAUGUCGGUGGCUUCUGUAGGAUCGUGUACAAGCCUGUCGGCCCAUGCCGGCUCGUCGCGGCUCUGAAGCUGUCCCUGCAUGCCCUGAACAUCGGGAAGAGCUCACUUACGAGUACAUCUACAAGUACCAUCGUUCGCCCCGGCUCUCCUUCAAGAUCGAACUCGUUCGACCGCCCCGAGCCAAUACCGUUGCCAAGAAGAUACUCGGAGGAGACGAAUGGAGAAGAUUUAUUCAAGCCACUUGCGCAGAGACCGCCUCUCGGCCCCCGAGCAGUGACCGCCCAUCCCUUGACAAGCUGGCAGUACAUGCCUUCGAUGGUGGAGCAGGAGGAGCUCGAACCAGAGUCAACGCUGAGCUCGCCACAGCUCUCGCAGAUGCCCUCCAGCCCGACUAUUUCUGUGGGAACAGGCGGUACGCUGCUAAAGUCGUCGAUCGGGACCAUUGCGCCUCAGGGAGCGUUGCGAGUGCUUGUCGUAGAGGACAACAGUAUCUUGCGGAAUUUGCUUAUCAAAUGGCUUCGGAACAUGGGCUACGAAUACCGCGAGGCAGUCGACGGCCAGGAAGGGGUCCAGACCUUUGAGUCGAAUGGACCCUUCGAUGUCGUACUCCUGGACCUGUCUAUGCCCGUGUUGGACGGCGUUGGUGCAACUGCACGAAUGAGGGAGAUCGAAUCGAAGCGCAGCCAGUCGAAUCAGUCCGAGCCUCAUCCUGCCCGUAUCUUGGCCCUGACGGGCAUGUCCUCUCUCGAAGAUAAGCGACGAGCGUUCGAAGCGGGUGUUGAUGGAUACCUUGUCAAGCCCGUUGCAUUCAAGACGCUUGAUUCCAUGUUUCAGAAACUGGGGGUGUCCUGACGUUUAUUCCGCCACCUAUGAACGGACGCACAUGUAGGAUAGCCCGGUGGUGUUCCUCGCACGUUGUCGCAUCUCCACUGCAUCCAUAUUGGUUUCGCCGCUUACCACCACCAAAUCCACGUACAUAUUGCAUCAUAUAGUCGCUCGUAACACUCAAUACGUCGUCCUGUCGCUCUCCACAAGUAGUCCCCCAUCAGUUGGUUUCCUUCAUUCUCAGUCGAGGCCGAUCCCCAAACUAGCUCCCAUUCCCUCCCUACCGCAUACCACUAGGCGUCGCUCUCCACUUACACUAUAUCUAUCUCGCCACUAAUGCGCUUGAGUCCAAUGUCUUUUCUGCAUCGUAUCUUUUUCAUUGCAGCCUGGCAUGACAUCGCAUCACUGUAGCUCCUAAGGUUCGCUCUAUCAUCCACCUCUUAUUGUUUAUUGCUAUGGACACCUUCUAUCUAGACCAGAUCAAUGUAUUUUUCGCUCAC